AUGCGGAAAAUCCCAUUGAAUUUUAUCCUCCUGCACUACGUGUACAUCAUAUUCCUCGGUCUCCUAGGGCUCGCAGUGUUCUUACCUUACGGCAAUGUGAGCGGCAUCGACUCGUACUUCUUCGGUGUCAGUUCAUCGACGGAGUCUGGGAUGAACCCUGUUGAUCUGAAGGACCUCAAAACCUACCAGCAGCUUUUUCUAUACUUCGUACCCAUUGUGUCAAACUUGGGCUUCAUCAAUAUCCUCGUCGUUGUUGUACGGCUAUAUUGGUUUGAGAAGCGGCUGAAAGAAAUAGCGCCUUAUGUUCUCCGUCCACGUUCGCAAGCACGCAAGGGGAAGGGCAAACAGUCUGAUCAAGAGGCACAGUAUGGUGUAAUCGCCAAUGGACAAGGGUCUGCCGACAACGAGUCUCCGGGAGAGAAUAAAGCUCCAGAAAAGAUACUCGAAACAGGCUUCGAGACCGAAGCUCCAGAAAAAGGAAGUCUGGAACUAAGCAGGAAACCUACAGUUACCUUCGGCGACGCAUCCAAGGCCUUGUACAUCCCUCCACCUUGGGAACGUGAUAGAGGUUGUCCUAUCAUUGAGGUUGAUCAAGCCCCUAGCAGAGAUGACACAGACGACGAUGCGGCCAAUGAUACGAUUGACGAGGGAAGCCGUCGACAACUGAGCAACGUAUCUCUGAAUCGGACUGGUACCCUAACGUCUGUUCGGGCCCCCAGUAGACCUUAUGAUUCACGGAUUCGGCCUGCUGUUUCACUGUCCAGGGAUGCAAACCUCCCGGGACUUUCCUCACAGGCUACGUUAGGGAGGAACUCGCAGUUCUUGAACCUGACGACGGAGGAUCGGGAACGUCUUGGUGGUAUUGAGUAUCGCAGUCUUCGCCUGUUGUUGAAGAUUGUCAUAGCAUACUACGUGGGUCUCAACUUAUUGGGUAGUAUGUGCCUAGCAGCUUGGAUUCAGCAUGCGAAAGCCAAAUAUCAAGAUUACCUUGAUGAUUGCGCCCUCAACAAGGUCUGGUGGGCCUUUUACUCGGCACAGACGAUGGCGAAUAACCUAGGGUUGACCUUGACGCCGGACUCAAUGGUAACUUUCCAAGAUGCAACAUUCCCAAUGUUCGUCAUGAGUUUCCUUGCGUAUGCUGGGAACACUCUCUAUCCAUGCUUUUUGCGACUGGUGAUCUGGAUCAUGUUCAAACUUGUCCCAAAAGACUCGUCAAUGAACGAACCGCUCAACUUCCUCCUGAGCUAUCCACGUCGGUGCUAUGUGCUGCUUUUCCGCAGCCGGCCAACCUGGGCCUUGGCUGGAAUCAUCUUUGUCUUGAAUUUCGUCGAUACUCUUCUGAUUCUACUCCUGGAUCUCGACAAUCCCGCCGUAAACCAUGUUCCUGUUGGACCACGAGUUAUGGCAGCAAUCUUCCAGGCAGCAUCGGCUCGGCAUACUGGCACUGCCUCGUUCAACCUAGCAGACGUGAACCCGGCGGUGCAGUUUAGUUUGCUCGUCAUGAUGUAUAUUGCGGUCUUUCCCAUCGCAAUCACCGUCCGAGCUUCAAACAUAUACGAGGAAAAAGCGCUCGGUAUCUACUCUUCAGAGCCGGAGACAGACGAGAACAGGAAAGGGUACAUUUUGACCCAUAUGCGAAACCAGCUUAGCUUCGACCUGUGGUACAUUUUCUUAGGUAUAUUCUGCAUCUGCGUUGCAGAAUCGAAGAGGAUCAUGAACCCUGCUGAGCCAGGGUUCUCCGUCUUUGCAAUCUUCUUCGAAGCCGUUUCUGCAUACGGCAAUGUCGGGCUUAGCUUAGGAUACCCUGGCGCUUCUACAUCCUUCAGUGCCCAGUUCUCGAUCUUCAGCAAACUCGUGGUCUGUGCGUUGAUGAUCCGAGGACGCCAUCGAGGACUGCCGAGUCAGCUGGACCGUGCAGUCCUCCUACCAAGCGACCGCCUGAUAGAGGAUGAUCGUGUAACCUUUCAUAGAUCGAAGAGCUUGUGGUCGGAGUACCGCCCGUUGAACUUGAAGGUUCGGCGGUACCACACCCGAUGA